UUUUAAUUUCUUUUAUUUUCUAGUAGAUUACAAAAAUAAAAUAGGGACUUUUUUAUAAGCUUAUGAGUUAAUAAAAUUCUUCAAAAAAAGAUUUUGAAUCAAAAUAUAGUCGUGUGAUAUUCACUGAACAGGAAAUUAAUAUUAUGAAAACUCCCCAUGCUAUUAUGAGCAACUAAAAGGGGUGGAAAAAGGAUAGAGAAAGAUCCUAAGAAAUUGAUUAUAUGAUGAAACCAUAUUUUGGAACUGAAGAAACAGAACUUUCUAAGUAAAGGUAUGUCAAUGAGCUGCAAGAAAUAGUCACUAAAUGGAGCACUGAAUUAGCUUAGUAAAUAUUAGGUGUAUCAUCAGAAGAAAGCAAAAAGUAUACUGCUAAAUUAUUGACUUUUGGAUCUUCUAUUUUAGGUGUUAGCUCUAAAAAGGGAGAUAUUGAUAUGGUUUGCACAUGUCCUAAUUUUAUUAAAAGAAAUCCUCAUUUUGAAGAAGAACUAUGUUAAAUUUUGCUGAAUAAUGAGAAUGUUAAAUAAUUAUCCAAUAUUCGUACUGCAAAAGUUCCAAUCAUUACAUUUUAAUACAAAGAGUAAGAUAUCGAUAUAUCGUUUGCUCAAUUGCAACUUCCUUAGUUACCUCCUACUAUAGAAGAAUAUGUUAGCGAUGAUCUACUUUAAAACAUGGAAGAAAGAGAUAUCCUGUCUCUGAGCGGUAGAAGAUGCAACUAAGCUAUAGUUAGGAGUGUUCCAAAUUUAUAGAAUUUUUAGAUUACUUGCAGAUUUAUCAAAUUGUGGGCAUAAUCAAAAGGAAUAUACGAAAAUUCUAUAGGAUUUUUAGGUGGUAUAAGUUGGGCUAUUCUUGUAGCUAAAAUAUGCUAAAUGUUUCCCAAUUAUGAAGCUAAUUAAUUGCUAGAUGAAUUUUUUUAUUACUAUUCUAACUGGGACUUUACAAGUGUUCAUGUGUUACUAAAUGAUUACUAUAACUAGAGAACGCCUAAAUAAAGAGCUAUUACUCUUUACAUGAAUGUAAUGACAGCCUGUUAUCCAGAAUACAAUUCUACAGAAAGGGUCAAAGAAAUUACUCUUUACAUCAUUAAAUAGAGAUUACAUGAAGCAAAUGAAUUAAUAUAGAAAGAAAUAAAAUACUAAUAUAAACACUAUAAAGACUUGUUAGUAAAUUAUGAUUUUGUUAAUAACUAUUAGGUCUUUAUAGAAUAUAGUUUAUAGUACCCGGAGAAAAUUAAAACAUAAGUAACUGACAAGGAAUUUGAGGAUUUUAUGAAUGCUUCUAAAGUAAAAAUAUUAAAUUUGAUAUAAAGACUAUCUGAAUCUCGUCCAUAAGGUGUUGAGUUUUGCCCAUGGCCUUAGUUUUUUGCAAAAACAUAGGUGUCUUAUAAAAAAAUUUAAGUGCUUUAUAUAGGGAUAAAUGAUAAUUCAGAAGAAAAAAACUAGGAUUUAGAGAAGGACUGUAAACAACAAAUAUAAUCGUUUUAUCAGCUUCUUAAGAAUGAGCAAAAAUAUUCAACUUAUUUGGAAAAAUUCGAUGUCGGUAUGGAUUGGAUCAGCAAUAAAGAAAUAAUAAGAAAAACUUUUAAGUUAACUCAGGGCACAUACGAAAUAACAAUUCCUAAAGAAGAUUAACAAAAAUAAGACAUUUCGAAGUAUGAAGUUACAGUACAAAAAAAAAUUAAAUUGAAUGAGUAAGGAAAUUAAGCAAGCAGCUCAAAUAACAAUGAUAUUAAGGAUUGUUCGAACGAAGAUGAUCAGUAGUAGCAACUUCAAGUAGGUGAGGAAGAAGAAUAAGCAGAGGAAAAUUGUGAUAUCAACGAUUUUUAUUGAAAAUCUAAAUACUUAUUGAUAAAAUUUUUGUAUACUCUUGGCUUGUUUGAGUGAGUUACUAAAAAUAGACAUAUAUACAUAAACACAUUAUAAAUUAUAUUUAUUAUAAUUAAAUAAACAAAAACUGUAAAUUUAAAUUUAAUAACAUAUUUUUAAACCUCCUUAUGUAAAUCAAAGAAAUUAAUAUUAAAUAUUUGUAAAAUUUAUCAUUUGCACUAGUGUAGACAAUUCAAUUAAUAUUUUCUCAUA